AUGAUCGCGACAGAGUUGCCCAUUAGGCCAUGGUCUAAAAUAGGUGUGAACCUGUUUAACUACAACAAUGAAUCGUACCUACUGACAGUUGACUAUUUUUCAAAAUGGCCAGAAAUUGUGAGACUUGAAUCUACGACAGCAAAGUGUGUCAUCCUACACAUGAAAAGUCAGAUGGCAAAGUAUGGUAUACCUGAUGUAGUAAUCAGUGACAAUGGACCCCAAUUUGCUUGCUUUGAAUUUAUACAGUUCUCAAAGCAGUAUCAGUUCGAACGUACUACUUCGAAUCCACAUUACCCGCAAUCGAACGGGCAAGCUGAGAGAACGGUUCAAACCGUCAAACGCUUACUGAAGAAAUCAAAUGACCCAUAUCUGGCCUUAUUAGAAUACCGAAACUCCAAUAUUGAUGAAGUUGGACUUUCACCAGCUCAAAUGUUCCUUGGAAGAAGAUUGAAAUCUACCAUACCGACGUCAUUACCAUUACUAAAGGCUGAAGCAUUAGACAAGGUGCGGGAACAGCUGGUAAAACGCAAGAAAAAACAACAACAAAGUCAUGAUCGACAUGUCAGUGGAGGGCUACAACCACUGAGCCCUGGAGACCAAGUCCUGCUAAAACAACAUCCAAAUAGAUCUGAAUGGAAACACGGGACAAUAAUCGAGAAACAUAAGACACCAAGGUCCUACGUAGUGAGAUCAGGAAAUAGGGCAUACCGGCGAAACCGACGACAUCUACGACCAACCAGGUCAAAGGCAGACUUGGAACAAGAACCAACUGACUUUAAUUUAUAUUGCUGGCCGCCUAGUAAUCAGCAUCAGUACAACACAUCACCGGCACCAAAUCUACCGUCCAAGCAAACUGUGUCUAAAGAAACAUCCAGUCAGGAUAGUGAUGUGUCGCUGGAAACCCGCCAUGCUGUGCAAAACCAACUUCCGCCUACAUCGGUUCUACACAGUCCACGCCAAUCCAGCUCUGGCAAGGUUAUCAAAACGCCAGGGAGAUUCAAAAACUUUGUUCAAUAA